GCUGCCCGCACGUCCAUUCGCUCACACCGCACAUUUACUCUUCAGGAAUAUAUCUGCAGUGGUUUGGAGGACAAUAUUGCGCGAGAUCGCUGGCAGUCCACGUGUUUAUUCUUUAGAAAAGCCAAGCGGAUUGCUUAGCAAAUACACUGACGCUCGUGUCACAGCGCUGGAAGAGCCUUUGUAACACGCAUGUUUGUUUUAAAGGUGGAAUGAAUUUGGACAUGGCCUCAUCUUUUCAUCUGCCGAGAAGCAACAGCACCAGAGAAACGUUAGAGAACACGAGCAGCGAAUCUUCAGAUAAUGAAACAGCAGAAAAGGAGAGGUCCGUCGAGCAGAGAAGUGACGAUGGAAAUGCUGACGAGUCGAAGAAAAAGAAACAAAGACGGCAGAGGACUCACUUCACCAGCCAGCAGCUGCAGGAGCUGGAAGCGACUUUCCAGAGGAACCGAUACCCGGACAUGAGCACCAGAGAGGAGAUCGCAGUGUGGACCAACCUCACGGAGGCCAGAGUCCGGGUCUGGUUCAAGAAUCGGAGGGCGAAGUGGAGGAAGAGGGAGCGCAACCAGCAAAUGGAUUUGUGCAAGAACAGUUACCUCCCGCAGUUCAGCGGACUGAUGCAGCCGUACGAUGACGUCUACCCCGCAUACACCUACAACAACUGGACCAACAAGGGACUGGCCCCAGCCCCGCUGUCCACAAAGAACUUCACCUUCUUUAAUUCCAUGAGUCCCCUCACGUCCCAGUCCAUGUUCUCAGCCCCGAACUCGAUCUCCUCCAUGAGCAUGGCGUCCGGGAUGGGGCAUUCCGCCGUGCCUGGCAUGCCGACCACCGGCCUGAACAACAUCGGCAACCUGAACGGUAUCGGGAGCUCCACGAUCAACCCGGCCAUGAGCUCGUCAACGUGCCCGUAUGGACCUCCGGGAUCUCCUUACAGCGUCUACAGGGACACUUGUAACUCCAGUCUCGCGACGUUAAGACUGAAAUCCAAGCAGCAUCCAUCUUUUGGAUAUAGCGGGUUGCAGAGUCCCGGCUCUAGUCUAAACGCGUGCCAGUACAACAGUUGACGAAUUAAAGUGCAGUAAACGGACACCUGGACAAACGACAACCAUACUGGAUUUGUUGCGAUCGGCAUUUUGCAGUGGAAUAUGCGGAUUGCCUGUGUUUACCUAAACUUGCACAACCAUUCAAAUCCAUUAUUUGGAUUUCAACGUUUUGAAGACAAGUUAAAACUCAUACAUUGUACAUAAAUGUAAACGUGGAACAACAUUUGAAAACGAUGCAAUGCUCCAAGGGGGAACAAUGGUUUGUGAAAAGCCAAGUUUAUGAUUAGCGCAGCGUGUCGUGGUACUGCAGUGUAGGCCUCACGAGUCGUGUUCGUGAGUCGCGUUCUCUUGUGUUCAGUGUCGUGCAGAGGGUUUGUCGUCCUCGUGGCCUCUCCUCGACAACCUGGACUCUGUCCGCGUAGUUGUUUCAUUGUGUCGAUAGAUUUACCGCAUGCUUACUUCGAGUGAAAAAAAAAAAAAAAAUUUUUGUAAAAAAUUAUAUGAAUGUGUAGACUAAAUAACAAAGCUAUAACUUUAUGUUGUACCCCUGUUGAUUGAAAUUGUGCUUAUGUUUAUGGUACUGUCUGAAUAAACCUCAAAAAGAAGAAUUUCUAAAAUAAUUUGUCGAAAUGAUACAUUAUCGUAAAUUAAGGUUGAAUUCACAGAUUUCACUGAAUAAUACUGUAUGUUUAAACAAUCAUUGAACCGUAUCGAACGGAUUUUCCCCCGAUUCGCCGAGCUAAAUUGCAAUGCAUGCAAAAUAAAAAUAAAAAAAAAAAGAUUUUUUUCAAUCAAGAAAACUCUUGAUUUUUCUCUUUCCAUUAUGCUUGACAUGACUAUAUGUCCACAUACGCUGUUUGACAAUGCACUAAAUCUGCCAUUGCCUUUUUUAAUGCUCCAGCACGUUUCUUACUUAUAAAUUAAUAAGUUUCAUCCAAAUCUACAUUUAGGAUGAAAGAAAAAAAGGCAAACCUUAAAAUCCAUUCCUUAUCACGGUUUGCCACAUGAAGUGACUGUUUUUAUCUGUAUGGGUGUAUUUAGGUGUAUUUAGAUGAUAGGAAGGAGAAGGUCUGUCGUAACUGAUGUUUCCCCUAAUACCACUGAUCCUUUUCCACUGAUAAUAAUGCCUUUAAUUUCCUAAAAGGUCGGCUCAGGGAGUCCCGUGUUAAUGGUCACUUCCUCUGCUUUGCCCUGUUAGGCUAACAGAAUGAGUUCACUGCACAAUGUUGACAUGCCUUUUCAAGGACGCGUUAAACCCAUUCCCCAAUUCAAACAAGAGACUGUCUGAAAGAAAGUGAACAUCACAUGCCGAGGACAACGAAACAAAAGAGACAGAAACACAUUUUAAUGACACGUAGUCUGUAUAGAAACCGACGCCCAUCGGCUUGUUAAGCGCUGCCACACAUAUUAAAAUAAUUAUUGA